UACUUCCUGGUUUAUUUCUCGUUAGACUUGUGUGCUUUAACGUCAGUUAACGGUGCAACAUCUGCGUAUCAACAGUAUUAGCGUAUAGAUCAAGCUGCUGACUUUCUUUAAAGGUGAAGUUUAGCGCACGUUGGGCGUAACCUGACUUCAGCCAAUCAAGAAAAUUUUUCCAGUGCUGAUCUCAGGAUGCAAACAAUUUAAGACGACAAUAUUCUCUUUCCAAAGGACAGCUAUACAACUGAUACAAGUAUACCAGCUUACUUAAAAUUUUAAUGUUGCAUCAGAUGGCUGUUGCAAUAUAAGUUUUUUUACUCUUCAAAAGCGGUUUUGUACGUCACAUAUGUCGCAAAGACUAACAUUCGUGCGCCUUGCAUAAACACGUAAUUAAUUCAUUGCUCUUUAGCGCUUUAUAUAAUAUGUGGCGGAAAGAGAAUAUUGUCCUAAACUGUAUAUUAAUUCGCUGACGGGCCGUUAAGGCAUAUUUCACCGCCUGAUGGGCGUAGACCUGCGUGCUUUUGGAUUCGGCCAAUCCGACGAGCAGCUUUUGGCGGCCAACUGCGCCGGGAUCUUUAUACCAGCGCGAUAGAAGACCCUCGACCAGCGGCUUAGCGGUCACGAUACGGGGAUUGGCAGGGGCCGUAAAGUGCGCAGUCAGCGCCCAGCCGGCAUCAACAUCCGCUCCUGCUCCACAAACAUUCUGACUGACUUAUGGCUUCCGGAAGGGCCAGGACACAAUUUAACCGUAUGAGUAGCGCGGGCGCCCGCGAUUGUCAGGAAUUACAAUACACCCGGCACACGCGCAUCCACGUAACCGCAGCUAUAUAAUCGCUUGUUAUGGGCCAUUUGUGUGAUAUUCCCCUAAAUGCCGGCUCACCGUCACAACACCCUUGCUGAUUGUUUAUUAUAUACAUAACACGGGAUGGGAGAUUCGCGGAACUGUGCAGCGUCCACGCGUUUUAUUGUUCCAGCGGAAUAAACCUGCUUAAAAAGGGUUAAACGGGUGAUGUAGUUGGAAAUGAGUUGCGAUUUCCUCUGACGGUUUAAAUAUUAUUGGUAAAAGUUUAUACUGAGCCUUGGUAGGGGUGUUGAAUGCUCUCACCUUUUAGCUCUGUAUGUUUGGAGCCAUGCAUGUGCGAUAUGCGGACAUAUUUUUACCAUCGUUAGCUGUUUUCUCGUUAUCAUGGAUGUCACAACGUAUCAACGCGAUUCCGCCCAAUAUGGUGCCACCGAUGCGUACAUCACCGGGUCUGUUUAAAUGUCGGGGUCAAAACGGAUAUAUGUGCCGCUUGGGCGUCUCGCAGUCAUCCGGUUCCAGCUGGCGGUUUCCUUAUCAAAAUCUUCAACUGGGUCUCUCUGUUAAGCCGGCAAUGGCGAAAAAGAGUUUACUGACCAAGAUUCCCGCCUGGGUCAAAUGGUCGAUGGAGACAUCGAAACAAUUGGAUCACGAGAAAAUGGCCCGCGCCAACUACAACCAGUUCAACGCCGCCAAUUACGUUCCCAACUACGACGGCGAAACCGCCGUGGCCGAGAGUCUGAAUGGCGAUAACACGGAGCCGUCCAGCGGCAGUCCCAAACUUCAGAUCCCUUCACCCCGUUCGAUGGACGCUUUCAUGGAGGGUGCGGGGGCGCUGAUGGAUCGCGAGAGCACGAAGAAGAGCUCUAACGUGGUGUGCUUCUUUAAUCCGGUGUCGUGCUUUGGUCGGCGCCAGCUGCGCUCCCGCAUACGGCCGCGUUACCUUCGCUUACCGCCGCUCGUUCAACCGACUUGACCUAUAUUGAUAGAAAUUAGCCUGGAUUUUAACAGCUGCUGCGCUGCUGCUUUAUUGCAUCACGUUAUCGUGAUUCUUAUACGCGUUAAUUUUUAAUAUAACCGCGCUCAUGCAGAUUCAAACCAGUGAUGUUGUGUAAAAGGUAUUUGCUGUACAUACACAAUCCUGUACGGAUAGUAAUAUGGAUGUAUAGAAUUUUGAUGUCGUUUCCGAUAGGACUCUUAUCAGCAAGGAUUCGGAAAUAUUCUUUUGUUCCCAGUCAGCUAGACCGGGGCAUCGCGUACCGCGUACCGUUAUGUUUAGCCGAACCCUUCAGUUUGUCCGGUGUGCAAUUUUAAUUCUUAAUUUUUUUGUUUUCUGGUACCCGUUAAUAAUGCUACUCUGAAAGGUAGUAGCUGAAAUAUAAGUACAAAAUACACUAAUCCCUGUGGUCUAGCCCAAGUGCACUAAUCCCUGUUCUAGAUCUUCAGAAUUCCUGGUUAAGGGCAAGACUUUCUUUAAUUUAUGACAAAAACCUGAAACAUCGAAAAAUAACAU